AUGUCUGAUCUGAUAGAGUUACAAAGAGAACAGCUUUUAGGUGUGAUUAAUGAUAUUAAAACGGAGCAUAACGUGAAGUUUCUUGUCAUUGAUGAUUACUUUGAAAAUCUGCUAAACUAUCUGUUUGAUGAACCACAGCAAUUGCUUCGUCAUGUUACUGCCGUGGAUAGAAUCGACUCUCCCAAGAGGAACGGGCAACCGUCGGUUGAAGUUAUCUACCUUCUGAAGCCCACAAAAUUCAAUAUCAAUUGUAUGGAGGCUGAUUUUUCCAAUAGACCACCAAAAUAUAGAUGUUGUCACAUCAGAUUCCUAUCAAACAGUGAACCUCAUGUUAUGAAGUAUUUUGCAUCCAAGAGGAUCAUCUCGCAGUACAUUAAUACCAUUAAUGAGGUUAAUUUGUCAUUCAUACCAAAGCAAUCUCAACUUUUCCUAACAACAGAUAUUGAUAAGCCAUUGCAGUUAUUCUUCAACAGGCAAUGCGCCAGCCUCAUCGCCAAGAAUAUGGCCAAGGUCGUCCAGUCGCUCUUGAACGUCUGCAUUGUUACUGGUGAGUAUCCAAUCAUUCGAUAUUCGAUGCCAUCAGCCAAUCAAGCGGAAUUAGCACCUGCGACAUACCUAGCGAAGAAACUAGCUUUCGAGUUCCAAGAUGUGCUUGAUAAUUAUGCGCGUCAAAACAGUGAUUUUCCUCCACCAUCAUCAAGGCCGAGGGCUAUCCUUGUUAUUACUGACAGGACGCUGGACUUAUUCAGUCCUAUGUUGCAUGAUUUCAGCUACCAAGCAAUGGCUUACGACGUUGUUCCUGAGAUUGACAUUGGUGAAGACAUAUAUCAUUAUAAAGUAGAAAACGAAAAAGGUGAACAAGAGGACAAAACUGCGAAGCUUCUUGACAUUUUAAAUCCGGAAUGGGAAGAGCUUAAGAACCAACACAUAGUGGAUGCAAGUGAAUAUCUCUCAGGUAAGAUCAAAGAAAUGAUAGCGAAGAAUCCUCUUCUAGUUGACAGGUCUAACGUCAAGACAACUACUGAUUUAUUGAGUGUUGUCGCACAUCUAAAAGGCUUUGAUGAGGAUAGAAGAAGGCUUAUUUUGCAUAGGACUUUGAUUGACAGGUGUUUAGAGAUCAAUCGGGAACGGAAGCUCGCGGAAUCGGCUGAUAUAGAGCAAUGCAUGGCUAGUUUUGGUCUUGAUAGUGAGGGGGAAAGAUUUAAGCACAUUACUGAUGCCUUUUUACAGAUUCUCGUAAUUAAAGAGUCGAGUUUGACGGAUAAGGUACGGUAUCUUAUAACUUAUGCACUGUACCGUGGAGGUAUAAUCGAACAAGAUUUUAUCAAACUACUAGCCUUCAUUGGCCUGGAUCCCAGUCAUGAAUUUUUCAAUCAUUUUAUGCGUUUGUUCAAGAACUUCGAGCAGCUGGGGUUCAAGCUGAUUAAAGACGAAGCUCGUGCAAAGCCUUUCAAGCGAGAAUGGUAUCACGAUACGAUUAUAAAGGAUUCGACUGUCUAUAACACAUCUAGGUUUGUCCCAGCUACCGGGAGCGUUUUGUCAAAACUCAUAGCCAAUCCACUACUAGUAAGUGAGGAGCAUUUCCCAUACGUCAAAGACAAACCAAUCGAGAUUAUGGAUGACGAGGCUCAGGAGCCAGCAAAUUCGCUCGCUGGUACGAACGGCUCAACCUCUCUGAGAAACCCACGUCACAGAGCAGCAUGGACUAAGAAUAGUUCCCAUCUCAAACGCGCUCCCAGGCAAAGAUUCUUCUACUACAUUCUCGGUGGAGUAACUUACACCGAAAUAAGAGCUGCCUAUGAACAAUCAGAUCUGAAGAAUAAAGACAUUUUUAUUGGAAGUGAGGGAAUAGUCACCCCACUGUCCUUCAUGAAAAGCGUUGAGAAUCUAACAACAGAUCGUAAAAGUUUGAAUUUGAAGGAUGAUCAGCGAGAAAGAGAAUCAGUUCCGGCUUUCUUAUAUGACGCUGUUGCACCCGUGGCUGCCCCUGUCUCACAUAUUCAUGUGCGUAGUCAUAACGAACCACCCAAAUCAGCACCUGUCCAAUGCAGCCAACCACCUGUAAAGGAGAAGAAGCGGGGCAAAUUUAGCAGAUUCCUUAAAUCCAAGGACAAAUAA